GACAAACUACUUGUUUUUACUGUAGCAACUAAAGAAACUGAUGGCUUUCACCGUUUCAUGCAAACUGCAAAGCACUUCAACUACACAGUAAAGGUCCUUGGAAAAGGUGAAGAGUGGAAAGGUGGUGAGCUGCCUAACUCUAUUGGCGGAGGGCAGAAAGUUCGACUACUGAAAGAAGGCAUGGAAAGCUAUGCUGAUCAAGAGGACUUGGUUGUAAUGUUUGUUGAAUGUUAUGAUGUUAUCUUUGCGGGGGGCCCUGAAGAACUGCUGAAGAAAUUUCAGGAAGCUAAUCAUAAAGUGGUGUUUGCAGCAGAUGGAUUAAUUUGGCCAGAUAAAAGGCUAGCUGACAAGUAUCCUGUUGUCCGGAGUGGGAAACGAUUCCUGAACUCAGGAGGAUUUAUUGGUUAUGCUCCAUAUAUAAAUCACAUUGUGCAGCAAUGGAAUCUGCAGGAUAAUGAUGACGAUCAGCUGUUUUACACCAAAAUCUAUGUGGACCCAUUGGCAAGGGAGCGCAUUAACAUUACUUUGGACCACAAAUGUACAAUUUUCCAGACUUUAAAUGGAGCUGUUGAUGAAGUCCUUUUGAAAUUUGAAGAAGGAAAAGUAAGAGCAAGGAAUUCAGUGUAUGACACAUUACCGAUCACCAUUCAUGGAAAUGGUCCAACUAAAAUUCACUUGAAUUAUUUGGGAAACUAUAUUCCUAAUGCUUGGACGCGGGAAACUGGUUGCAGUAUUUGUGAUUUAGACUUACUAGACCUGUCAACAGUAACGGAGGUAGUCAGGGUAAACAUUGGUGUUUUCAUUGAACAACCCACUCCUUUCCUACCUAAAUUUUUAGACAGACUGUUGACUCUGGACUACCCCAAGGAGGCUCUCAGUAUCUUCAUUCAUAAUAAUGAGGUUUACCAUGAAAAGCACAUCAAGAAAUUCUGGGAAAAAGCCAAGAACAUUAUCAGAAAUGUAAAAAUUGUUGGACCUGAAGAAAAUCUGAGUCAAGCAGAAGCCCGGAACAUGGGAAUGGACCUUUGUCGCCAGGAUAAAACAUGUGAAUAUUACUUCAGCAUAGAUGCAGAUGUUGUGCUGACAAACCCGAAAACUUUAAGACUACUGAUAGAACAGAACAGAAAGAUAAUUGCUCCACUUGUAACUCGUCAUGGGAAGCUUUGGUCCAAUUUCUGGGGUGCUUUGAGCCCAGAUGGCUAUUAUGCUCGAUCAGAAGAUUAUGUUGAUAUUGUCCAAGGGAACAGAGUACCCUCCUUAUUCUCCCUGCUGCAGCUAUUUUAUGAUUCGGGUGUUUUCAUGUACAUUACGAACAGACAUGAAUUUGGAAGACUUCUUUCUACAGCCAAUUACAAUACCUCUCACUACCACAACGACCUCUGGCAGAUAUUUGAAAAUCCUGUGGACUGGAAGGAAACCUAUAUAAAUCCCAACUACUCCAAGAUCUUCACUGAUAAUAUAGUAGAACAGCCAUGUCCAGAUGUGUUUUGGUUUCCCAUAUUUUCUGACACUGCUUGUGAUGAAUUGGUAGAAGAAAUGGAACAUUAUGGACAAUGGUCUGGUGGAAAACACCAAGAUAGCCGUAUUUCUGGAGGUUAUGAAAAUGUCCCAACUGAUGAUAUUCAUAUGAAGCAAAUUGGACUGGAUAAUGAAUGGCUGCAUUUCAUAAGAGAGUUCAUUGCACCAGUAACGCUAAAAGUGUUUGCUGGUUAUUAUACCAAGGGGUAUGCUUUAUUGAAUUUUGUUGUAAAAUACAGCCCUGACAGACAACGGUCACUCAGACCUCACCAUGACUCCUCUACAUUCACAAUCAACAUCGCUCUCAACAAAGUAGGGGAGGACUUUCAAGGAGGUGGAUGUAAAUUUCUUAGGUACAACUGCUCCAUUGAGUCUCCCAGGAAAGGAUGGAGUUUCAUGCACCCAGGAAGACUUACUCAUUUACAUGAAGGACUUCCUAUCUUGAAUGGCACAAGAUACAUUGCAGUAUCAUUUAUUGAUCCUUAAUUUUAUUUUUUUGCCCCCUUCAGCAGUGUUUGAUUCUCUACAUAAACAUUUAUUUAUAGAUUUAUUUUUUUUUUUUUUUUUCUGGAAGAUGGUGAUAAAAGAAACUUUAAGUUACUGUUCUUAGACAGCAAAGUUACUUUGGGCUAAAAGAAUGAAAAAAAGAAAAUGUACUAAAAUUGUUGAAGAUUUCUCAAUAUCUGCUCUGAGCCUUGAGUCACAAAGUAAACAUGUCCUGCUUAUUUUUCCAUUCUGCUGUCUUAAAGAGUAAGUAAGGAGGGA